CUUACCAAGGCAGAAAGAUGUCAGGUGGCAUGGUUGAAAGUGAAUCAUCAUGGAAUAUCAUGGGAGGAUGGAUUAAUUCCACACAGCAUGGCUAGGAGUUUGAUUACAAAGGCGGUGAUGGGUACAACUGCAACCGAUGAUGAAAUUCUCGUGUACGUCAAGGGAUGUGAGAAACGAGAAUGGUUGCGUGAUUUACUUCUGGACGAGGCGAGACAGGAAGUUUACGUCGAGAAUAUCGAGACGCAUUACGAAGACAUAGAACCUCUAAACAAGUUGGACAUUAUGUACACUUUACGAUGUCAGAAUCAUGUGAACAACUGUGCUUUACAAAAUGUAUUUAAGCUGUUUAAUUGGUGGUCUAAGAAUAAAAAUUAUAUAUUGAAAAAAUAA